GGAAGCUGUGCCCUAGAUCUGGUAGCGCGAUGCCCCACUCUUUCUCUGCGAUACACCAAAAAAGUACCUGAAGUCUAAAAUCCCCCCUCGCUCGCGAACUUUUCGGCAUCACACACCACGAGCUCCCAACACUCCCUCAAAACCGUCAUCCACCACACAGGCGCAGGAUUCGACUUCUUUGCGUUCUCAAUCACCUUCAUCGUCACACCAUCUGCUACAAUGGCUCCUCAGACAAAGAAGUCCGGCAAGGCUGGCAAGCAGACGAAGAAGUUCGUCAUCAACGCCUCGCAGCCCGCCAGCGACAAGAUCUUCGACACCGCUGCCUUCGAGAAGUUCCUUCAGGACAAGAUCAAGGUCGAGGGCCGCGUCGGCAACCUCGGUGACACCAUCACCAUCCAGCAGAUCGGCGAUGGCAAGGUCGAGAUCACUGCCCACAACGAGCUCUCUGGUCGCUACCUCAAGUACCUCACCAAGAAGUUCUUGAAGAAGAUGCAGCUCCGUGACUGGCUGCGUGUUGUCUCUACCUCCAAGGGAGUGUACGAGCUCAAGUUCUUCAACGUCGUUAACGACGAGGCUGAGGAUGACGACGAGUAAUCGAGUAAAAUAUGUACACCAUGAAAUAACCAAAAAGGUGGAAUGGGGGAUAGAUGCAUGUCUAUAGGCGCAUAGGAUUCAUAUAAGACAUCUGCGAACAUCCAACGUCACAAAAUACACUCAAACUCCAAGCAAAA